AUGCGCCCAUGGCGCGCACGAACAUGCGCGCACACCGACGGCGAGGGGAGACUCCACAGCACCCAUCGCUCGAGCUGCGCCCUGUGCUGUGAAGCUCUUGCUUCAGUGCCCUCCCUGCCGUGCCGCCGCAACCGCGCCGCGACGUCUUGCCGAGAUGCGGAGGCGUGCGCCCGAAGUGGCCGCAGCAGCGCUUGCGUGUGCGCUCGCACCUGUGCACCCCGCGUGGCGUGUGCCACGACCACCACUAAGCUCCCCACCACGACAACGACCACCACUAAGCCCCCCACCACGACAACGACCACCACGACAACGACCACCACUAAGCCCCCCACCACGACCACGACCACCACAAAACCCCCCACCACGACCACGACCACCACAAAACCCCCCACCACGACAACGACCACCACAAAACCCCCCACCACGACAACGACCACCACUAAGCUCCCCACCACGACAACGACCACCACAAAACCCCCCACCACGACAACGACCACCACGACAACGACCACCACGACCACGACCACCACUAAGCCCCCCAUCACGACAGCGACCACCACUAAACCCCCUACCACGACCACGACCACCACUAAGCCGCCGACCACGAUAACGAGCACUACUAAGCUGCCCACCACAACCACCACUGAGGCACCGGCUGAACCCACGACCACUGCUACCCCAACAAACACGCCGACUCCUGCACCAGAGACGGAGUGCGAGGUGGAUGGGUGUGAGGUGUGCGAGGGGGACUCCGCUGCGAGGUGCGCGAGGUGCCGUGAGGACUACUUCCUGACGGACGAGAGGACGUGCCUGGUGUACUGCGAUGGCGGUGUUGCUGCUGUGUCGAGCGGAGUGGCGGCAGCAGCUGUUGUGUGCGUGGCUGUGCUGUUCAGCGUGGGGCUGGCGGCGUGA